AUUUCACAGCCAAAUAGAAAUUAAACUUUAUUGUCUUUUGCAACUCUAGCAUUUUUGGGUGAGAGACAAAGUGCUAGAAAUUUGCAAUAAUUUGGGUAGAAACAUUAAAAAAGAGAGAUGGCGGGUAUUUCUGGUCAUUGGGCUUUUGCUUUUGGUGUCCUUGGUAAUAUUAUCUCAUUCAUUGUGUUCCUUUCUCCAAUACCAACGUUUUAUAAAAUUUACAAGAAGAAAUCAACGGAAGGAUACCAAUCAAUUCCAUACGUGGUUGCUCUCUUUAGUUCCAUGCUCUGGAUUUACUAUGCACUUUUGAAGACCAACACAACACUACUCAUAACUAUUAACUCAUUUGGUGUCUUCAUUGAAACUAUCUACGUUGGUUUCUACCUUUUCUACGCACCAAAGAAAGCCAAGGUCCAAACUAUAAAAAUGCUCAUGUUAUCAGUGGUUGGUGGAUUUGGUGCAAUCAUUCUUGUUACUCAAUUUCUAUUCAAAGGAGCCGUUCGUGGACAAGUUGUUGGAUGGAUUUGCCUUAUUUUCUCCUUAUGUGUAUUUGUUGCACCCUUAGGCAUAGUGAGACAAGUUAUUAAAACAAAGAGUGUGGAAUACAUGCCACUUCUCUUAUCAGUUUUUCUCACAUUAAGUGCUGUGAUGUGGUUCUUUUAUGGUCUUCUACUAAAGGACAUUAACAUUGCUGCUCCAAAUGUAUUGGGAUUUAUCUUUGGUAUACUCCAAAUUGUGUUGUAUGUAAUAUAUAGCAAAAAGGAGAAGGCCAUCUUAAAAGAGCAAAAACUUCCAGAGAUACAAAAGCCCGCAGUAAUUGUGGUGGAUGACAACACAAAUGUUAAUAAUAAGAAGCUUCCAGAACUCACACAAGAACAAAUUAUUGAUAUAGUGAGGCUUGCAGGUUUACUGGCUUGUACAGAUAAAGUACAGGUUGCCACGUGUCCACAUGAUCAUACUAAUUGUGGAGUUGAGGCAACUAAUAAUAAUGUAGAAAACAUGCCUAAGCUGCCAACUGUGGAAGCCACCUAAUUAGUAAAGUAGUUAGUACUUAGUAGAACUAAAAAUUGUGGAUUUAAUUUGGCAUUAAUUCCUUUGUUUAGCUUUUCAUAAUACUCAUGUGUUAUUUGUAAACAAGUUAUCUCUAUUUUGUGUAAGCUUUCUCUUCCCAUAUGUCCUAUAGUACUAUUCAUAAAGGAAUAAAAUGGUUACCAUUAAAUUAAAGUAUAUA